GUGUUCCAUUUCACCCCAUGUAUAUUGUCAGCGCGGGUGGGUCUAAGCGGGAGCGGAAACGGAAAAUCAAAAAACUUUUGACAAUUUGAAUUGGUAGAUUGGUAACCCUACCUCUUUAAUAAGGGCGGUAAAAUUCGCAAUAAAAUCGAAUCAUUCAUUCAUGUUGCGUUGCCCAACCAACUUACGGACCGCGUCCGCGUUUGCGCUUUACCGUCAGCAGCCAAUGUUAAUCUCAUCCCGGAAAAUACAUUGAUCGCAUGAUUUUAAUAGAACUGUCAAACUUCAAUACUGCAGUACCAGGAGUGCCAGGAUACAAAAUGACUGCAGUGUGAAAGUGUUGUGUUGCAUUUAGGAUAAUAUAAAUUACACGAUAAUGUUAUUCAUAUCUUAGCAAAGGGGGAUGAAAUUAUUACAAAUGCUUUCGAAAUACAGCAAUGAAAUGGAUACCGGCAGUAUCGAAACGAACUAUGUUUAUUUAUUUCACAUUAUUAUUUGUAUUAUAUUUAUUGUAUGCUUUGAAUUCCUGUUUAGUUGACGAAAGAAAGAUAUCACUCAAGUAUCAGUUUUUGAAACAACACAUAUCGAACUACAAAAGUGCGACUGCUCGCUUCGUCUCGUUUCUGGGAUUAGACUGGGACAAAAACAACGAUUAUAGGAAAAUACAAGAAAAUGCAGUGAAAAGACUGCCUGACGCUCUGGUUAUUGGUGUUAAGAAGUGUGGCACACGGGCCCUUUUGGAAUUUUUAAGAAUACAUCCAGAUGUCAGGGCAGCGGGGUCAGAAGUUCACUUUUUUGAUAAAUAUUAUCACAAGGGAUUCGAAUGGUACAGAGACAAGAUGCCGGCGACGCUGGCGGGCCAGAUAACGAUGGAGAAGACGCCAGGAUACUGGGUGACGCGGUCGGCGCCGCGCCGCGUUUUCGCCAUGAACCCCGCCGUCAAACUGUUGGCCGUCGUGCGAGACCCGGUCACCAGGGCUAUCAGCGACUAUACGCAAUCUGCCAGCAAACGCCCCAGUUUACCUAGAUUCGAAGACCUAGUUCUAGUAAACAGCACAGUGGGUUGGGAUGGAGUGCCCUGGUCCGUAGUAGAUGCAUCAUGGCCGCCAGUCCGACUCGGGGUGUACGCACGACCUUUGAGGAGGUGGUUGAGAAGGUUUCCCAGAUCUAGAUUGCUGUUGAUCAACGGAGAAAGAUUGGUGACCGAUCCAGCGGCUGAAAUGGCUCGAGUUCAGGAAUUUCUAGGCCUUAAGCGCGUGAUAACUGAAAAGCACUUCUACUUUAACUCAACCAAAGGUUUCCCUUGUCUACUGAAAUCAGAUAAUCGGCCCACACCGCACUGCCUCGGCAAGACCAAAGGGAGGAAUCACCCUCAUAUCGACCCGGUCGCUAUCGAGCGACUGAGGGACUUCUACAGGCCCUUCAACGAACGCUUCUAUCAGAUGUCCGGCAUCAACUUUGGAUGGCCUUAAUGAUAUUAUUUUUAAAAAUCGUAACCGCAUUAAAAAAAAAACAAUCGAAUUUGGAAUCUGAUAAAGUUUUCCAAUUUUCGCAGUCCGAUAUAUACAUUAGAACCGAACGCCGAAACGCCUAAACUUGAUACUGCAUAUCUGGCAUUAAAGUAAAUAAUGUAAUGGCUCCACCACACUCGAAAUAUCGGCGAACUCUUAUACCAACGCGAAUGGACGUACAAGGCGUAGUUUGUAUAUGAACUUUUUUAUCGCAAAGAAAAACCAGCAAUGUACAUCGAAAAAUCUAAAGUUUAGCAAACUGUCGAUAGUGAGGGCAUAAAAAUAAGUUUAUAAAAGUUUAAUCUUCAGCGGCGUCCGUACUGAUAUUGUUACUGCUCAAAAUAAACUUAAGUUACAAAUUGUAAUGUGAAACCAAAUAGGUAUUUAGAGCCUGUUUCACCACUUUCUGAUAAAAUAUCAUAUUGUAAUCUGACAGAUAAAAAUAACUGCUAAGUAUAUAAAUCUGCCUGAUGUGAUCGGACAUUUCGCCCAAACACUUUUGAUACUCAAUUUUUAACUUCCGGUAUGUUACAUAUAGGCUGUAGAUACUCGGUAUGUUACAUAUAGGCUGCAGAUACUUUAUCAGUAAGAUACUUUAUCAGUAAGCGGUGAAAAAGGCGCUUAGAGAUAUAUUAGUUAAUCAUAGUAUUUAAUUACAGCGCUUUCCAGUUCCUAGGCAUUGAGCAUUCCUAGUCGUGUUCCAUUUAUAUCAUUUUAUAUUACACCAUAAUUUAUACGAUUAUGGUGUAACACGUCAGUUUCUAUUAUUAGUGGCAUUUCGUAUAAAUAUUUACUUCAAUAUAAGUAUUUUGAGAAUGACAUAGGUUUUACAAACAUGUUUUUUUUUAAUUCAUCACAAAAAGAAUUUACUAUUCUAUAUUUAAAAACGCUAUCAUUCUAUAUUAAAAAAAAAAAAACAUUGAAUUUCAAUUAUUAAAUAGUCACAUAUAUUGUGCACCAAUUUUAUGACUGUAUAAAUUGACACCCAAUUGGAUUAAUAUUAGUUUAUAUUUAAAUUGAUUAAUCGUUUUUAUUUUCUACUUAGAACUUCUGUUCGAUGUAAAAAUGCAAGACAUAAAACGAUGGUUGUGUAACGUAAACGAAAAAUAAUGGGAUAUAGAUUGAGAAUGUACCUAGUGAUUAAAUUAAGUGCUAAUUUUAGCAUCUAUUUAGAUAUAAAUGUAUUACAGUCGGGGCAAAUAAAACCGACUUAACUAAUCUUGUUGGCGGCGUCUUCACUAAUAUGAUUCGCCGAGUCGACACGCUAAGAUGAAGACGAACUAAUUCAGUGGGUUCAGCUUAUUUGCCUUUUAUAUGAAUGAAAUUAAUUUAUUAAUGGGUUCCUAGUUAUGUAGUCAACUUUUGAGAGAUAAUCUAACAUAUCAGAGGACGAAUCAAACUUCAGACUGCAUUUUUAAAAUACUAACAAAGUCAAGUGAAAAUACCAGAGAAUGGCACGAACGAAUAAAAAUUAAAAGAAAAAAUAUAUUCGAUCGAUGUAAUUUGCCUCUUCUAUUAGUUGUUUAAAAGCACAGGACUCUCAAGCAUUUUUGUAGUAUUUUUAUUAUUAAAUUUAAGGGUAGCUAGUUGAAUUCGCACUAUGCCAUCCAUAACUCACGUGCCAUAUAGUUGCUUAAUUAAGUAUAUCACAGCUUUAAUACCUUUUAUGGUAAGCAUUAUAUUGUUAAUAAAUUACAUUAAUUAAACUUUUGUUUCUGCUUUUUUUUUCUGCGUAAAUACGUACGUAUGUUUUAUAUAUACGGCAGCAGAGGUCGCGUCGGGCGGGUUUGGAACUAUAACGCUAUGGUACAAGGAUCGAAUGACCUACUCGUACUAACCAACCCAAAGAAGUUAAUUGCUAAUUCUGCCAUGUUAUUUUUUUUUGUAAUAAUAAAAUUUAAAAAAUAGAUAUAGCUUUCUUUGAAAAUAAUAACUGAGAUGAAAUUCAGGACUCGAGUGGGGAUCGAACUUAUGCCUCUGCCUAAUCACGUGUAACAUUUUAUUACUUUUUGAUAGAACAUUUCAUAAUAAAAUCUCACGCACUAGAAGUUCACUCUCUCAUAUCGACUACCUAAUCGAUAACACUAAAACACAGAAAAUUAAAAUUCAACAUUAUAUUACAUAC